UCAAAGCCCUCGUGAUUCUCAAUCUCACUGUAAAUGUUUAUAAAAAAUCGAUCAGCAGACGGGGGUCUAGUCUGUGCGUGCGCGUAGAUAGCAAGCUAGAAAAUGCAUCGAGCACAGUCUGCCACCUCUGUGGGGGAUAGGAAGUUCGCUGAGAAGCUAACCAUCCUUCUGGAGCGAGGACAGGGGAUCCUAACCAGGGUCUACAACAUUAAGAAGUCAUGUUCGGACAGUAGCACUCGUCCGUCUUGCUUAGGAGAGAAGCAGCUGGAGUCAGCCACUAAGCAGAUUGUCAAAAAGUUUCCAAAUGUCGACACCAAAGACAAGAGCCACCUGACGGCCAUUAGUAGCUUCCAGAAGGACAUCCUCUCCCAACUGCCAAACUACUACUUCACGUUUGUAGAUGUAAUGGAGUUCAAAGACGUCACCAAUGAAGUGAUCACCUCACUCGCCACGUCACAGUUCCACUUUGAUAUUGCGCUGAACUAUGACCUGACCCGCUCCCUAUUGGACCUAGUCGUACUGUACGCCUCCAUCAUGAUCCUCAUGGGGCAAGUCGAUGACAGGAGGGCCAUUGUCGGUCUGUUCAAUGUGGCCCACGAGAACACGAGGGGAUCGAUGGACUCCCACUUCCCCCGACUAGGACAGAUGAUUGUCGAUUAUGACCACCCCAUCAGAAAGAUGACCGAGGAGUUCGUACCGCUUGGAAAGGUUGUUCUCCAAGCACUGAUGUCACUGCCCAAGAUCUACCUGAACCGUAACCUUCCGGCGGACCAGCUGCGCAAACAGAAUGUCCUCUCACUCAGUCAGGCGCCACAGCUGAUGCUCCAGCCCACCCUCAGCGGGAACCUGCCCUGCGAAUUCCUCUCUUUGGAGACCAUACAUCGAUGGAUCCUCUUUGGGUUCUUACUGUGUUAUAGUCAGCUGAAUGCUCCUGGGGCCAGUGACAUCUGGAAGCUAGCGUUACAAGAUGGUUACGCUCUCACACUGUUCAGGGAUGAGAGUAUCCCCAUACACUCUGUCUACGAGAAGAUACUGGGAGAAUCAAAGGCAAAAGAGGAUCGGAAAAGAGCAUCAGAAGCAACUGACGCACUGGGACAAGCAAUGCAGAAUGCUGGCCCGUUCCAUCGAGAGAGGAGACGGUACCUACGUACUGCCCUGGCGGAACUCAACCAGCUGCUAGGUGACUCACCUGGACUAAUAGGGCCAAAGGCAGUGACGGUGAUUACUGCACUGACGCUGGCCAGAGACGAGGUGUUCUGGCUGUUCAAGCACAACAACAUGGCACCCCCUAAGAGCAAACACAGACCCAAUCCGGACGACUACAGUGACUCGGCACUCCCAGAGCUGCUCUUCAACAUUGCACUACUGAAAACUCUGGUUAACAAGCACCAUCGCGUUAUACUCAACUACUACCUGAGGUACAUGUCAGGCUUUGACGCACAGCUUAUGAGGAAUGUUGUCAUGGGUAUCCAAGUGUGUCCAGAGGAGGAGUCCCUCUUGAUGACCUCGUUCGUGGACACUCUGGCACGCCUCCAGGGCAAAGAAAACGCGGAGAGACCUGAGUUUGACUUCCAGGCUCUCAGACUAGACUGGUUUCGAUUUCAGUGUCUCACCUCUGUCAACAAAGCUGCCCUCAGUCUCAAGGACAACGAGAACGGAAACCUUGCCCCGGCCAUGAAUGGGGUGGUGGUGCACUCCAAGAUGGUGGACAACUUUCAGGAGCUGCUCAUCGAGCAGACGGACCUCUCCUUCAUGUGCUUUUUCUAUCGUCAAUUUGAGAAUGAGUUCAAUCGUUGCAUGAAGAACCUGUCUCAAGUCCGCUACAUCAUAGCGUUCCCGGUCAUCUGUGGGGAGUUCCUUAACUCAACCAGCCCCUUUUGUCCGGAGGAGCGUAUCAACAUUGGUGAUCGGGCUGUGAAUUCAGUCAACCACUUUCUGGAGCUGAUAGCCAAGGAGGUCAAGUUGGUGUUGGGCCAGCUGUCCUCAGAUAGGAUGAACCUCGACGACCAGCUAAAGGUUGCCAAUGCCAGCUCUUACUACAACCAGACGCAUGCUCACAAGCUGACCAAGAAAAAAGCUGUGGCCGUCCAAACUCCAUCACAGCCGGGAGAAGAGAGCUAUCGCAGAACCAGGGAGGAGACUGUCAGAGUGGACAGCGUACUGCAGACUUUGGUGGGCCUAUCGUUCUCCGUCAACUGCUUCCCCUCCAUCACGGCCUGGGAGCACACGUUCGUACCGAGGGAGUACCUCGUCUCACAUCUCGAGGACCUCUUCAUGAAGCACGUAGUCUCGAUGCUCUCCUAUAACUCAGAGACACAGGAGAUAGCUCGUCCGUCAGAGGUCUUGGCUCGUAUAGAGUCGUACAUGGCGUCUCUGCGAACACUAGAGCUCUACGUGAACAUAGAUAUGACUCGCGUGCUGACGGCAGUGCUACUGCAGGAGACCCAGCCUCUGGACAGCAAGGGGGAGUCUACCAUAGCAUCAGCAUACACCGGAUGGUACACCAACACACUGCUGAAGAGGGUGGCAGCUGGUGGUAUUUGCUACAGCAGGAGCCGGAGGUGCUUUGUCAGCAAAGGUGUCCAUGCAUUCAAAGCCGAGGAAUUCACUGACCUUAGAGAGCUUGAGGCUCUAGCUGCUGUGAUUGGUCCGUACGGUAUUCGCUUCCUAGGAGAGAAGUUGAUGGAUCAGGUGAGUGGUCAGGUGAAAGAGAUCAAAAAGCUCGUGGUUGCCAACCAGGACUCGCUCCACGCACUGCAUAGCAAUAGAGACAAACCCGAGAUAUACUAUGAAGUCAUCAAGAAAGUCAAGAGUUCUGAGGAUCUACUGGCCCGUACGGUUAUUGUGGGCAUCAUCAUGGCAUUUCGUAAACUGACCCUGGUAGCCCUCAAUAAUGUGCUCUCCCAACGAGUGCCCUUCAUACUCAGCUCCAUUGUUGACUUCAAACAGAACCUACCGGACAAGACCUCCACUGUUGCUGAUCAAAUGGCGAUUGCAGCUGGUGUGCCUUGUGAUGUGGACCCCCUUCUCUAUAGUGCGCUCAGAUCACAGUGUGACAAGUCUAAAGAAGACCACAUGAUUUGGAGCCUGUACAUGGUGUUCCUGGGUGUGACUUUGCCCGACCUCGCCUUUAAGCCAGACUCCACCUACCUACCAUUUUUUGAGGGACAUGAGAACAACGCUCACUGUCUGGCUGUCGCCAUCACGUCAUUGCCUGGAGCAAUCUUUGCUUACUAUGGGGACAAGGAACAGAAGGACAGAAUGAAGGAGUUCUUAGUGUUCACCAGCUCCCGUAUCAUGACACUUGCCAAAGAGACGGAAAAAGAAAAGGAUGCACCCAAAGCAAGAGAGGCCAUUUACCUUCUUCUAGACCUGAUUGUGGAGGAGUCCCCCUUCCUCACCAGGGAUCUCCUGGAAUCUUGUUUCCCGUACGCUCUCUUGAGAGAUGCCUACAGCACCGUCUACAAAAAGCCAGCGACUACAAAUCGAAAGCAAAGAGACAGUGAAACUCCAUUUUAGAAUUAAUGAAUGUCAAGUUAUGUUAUAAUAUUAGUUGUGUUUCAUAGAACUAAUGACUAUCAUAUACAUUUGAAAUUGUGCAGAAGGUUAGAAAAUUUAUAACAGCUAUAUAUAAUUAUGUGACUGAAUCAAUCAGUCAAUAGCCAGCCACCUACAUUGUAUUGUAUACUACCUUGUACAUUGAAUUUUGUGAUGAGCACAGUACAUCAUGUCAUUCAAUUGUA